AUGGUUGUCGAUAAAACUCAUUACGACGUCCUCGGUAUUGACGAAAAUGCAACACAAGAACAUAUCAUUAGUGCUUUCCGACAAAAAUCGAAAGAACACCACCCCGAUCGUGGUGGUACUCAUGAAAUGAUGCAGAAAAUUAAUGCUGCCAAAGAAGUCUUGACUGAUCCAAAGAAACGGGCAAUCUAUGAUCGAUAUGGAUCCGAAGGGCCAUCGUCGGGUAUGGCUCAUGGACACUCUACUGGUUUUCCAGGAUUUUCAAGCGGCUCUCCUGAUAUAUUUGAUUUCUUCAUGCGAGGAGCAAGUGGUCGAGAACCAACAAUAGCGUCGAAAGGCAGCGAUAUUAAACACGCCCUGCAAGUUUCAUUAGAAGAAUUGUAUUCUGGCCAUACGAAAAAAAUAUCUGUUCCUCGCGAAAUAAUUUGUACAGCUUGUGAUGGUACCGGUUCUGUAGAUCGCAUCAAUCAUGACUGUACAGCAUGUAAAGGACAAGGUGUUGAAAAUUUAAUAUUUCGGACAGGUCCAUUCAUUCAACAGUCGCAACGUAGCUGUUCAUUUUGUAGUGGACUGGGUACAAGGGUCAAUGCCAAAAAUCGCUGUAAAAUAUGUCAUGGGAACAAACUUGUUCGUCAAGAGAAAAUUUUGGAUGUAGAUAUUUCACCUGGAAGUCCCGACGGAGGAGCAAUCAAAUUUAUCGGAGAAGGAAACCAGAUACCCCAAGGAGAAAAUGGCUCAUUGUAUGUUGUACUACGACAAGCACCACAUGCUAUCUUUGAACGAAUAGGUGAUAAUCUAACGAUGAACUUAAAGAUCAAUCUUUCUGAAUCGUUAUGUGGAUUCCAGCAUAUCGUCACAUUACUUGAUGGGCACAAGAUUCGAAUUAAUCACCCACCAGGAAAACCAAUUGUGCCUAAAAGUUACCGUUGUAUCAAAGGUCAAGGUAUGCCAAAUAGGCAUACGCACUCUUAUGGUGAUUUGUUCAUUUAUUUCGAUGUGGAAUUUCCGGAAGACAACUUCAUCAAAAAUGAAUCACAACUAAAACAACUGGAAGCAAGCCUGCCACCAAAAAGACUAGCUAGACUGAAUAGUACAGAAAAGUAUGAAGAAGCUCAAAUGAUUGUGAGUGAGCCUCCGCCAAAGAAUUCACAACAACAACAACAACAACGCUUCGAAAAUGGUCACCACUAUCAUAGAACAGAACAUGACGACGGUGGCGGUACUAAUGGUCAUCCCCAAACUGUUCAAUGUGAAACACAAUAG